GCCCUCACUGUGUAACUUGAAUUGGAAGAUGUCUCGAGUGAUUGCCAUAUUAAUGUUUCUGCACGGACUGACAUUCUGUACGGGGGAUCAGUCAAAAAGCAACACAACAUCCAAAUUAAUCCUGGUUUCCUUUGAUGGAUUCAGGGCGGAUUACUUGUCAAAGUUCUCUUUACCUAAUCUCCAGGAGUUUAUGAAGGAAGGCGUGCUUGUAGAAGAAGUAAAAAAUGUGUUUAUCACAAAAACUUUUCCCAAUCAUUAUUCUAUAGUGACAGGCCUGUAUGCCGAAAGCCAUGGAAUAGUGGCUAACCAAAUGUAUGAUUCAGAAAAUAACAAGACGUUUAACACCUCCACUUAUAAAGAUUCCUUCUGGUGGGAUCAGGCAACUCCCAUUUGGUUGACAAAUCAGCUCCAGGGUCAUAAAAGUGGCUCUGGAAUGUGGCCCGGCACUGAUCUGCUCAAUCAUAAUUUCACACCUUCCUACUAUCUCAAUUAUGACCCUAAUGUAAACUUUUCUGAGAGGGUAAAUAACCUCACCAAUUGGUUCAUGAAACCAGACAAUCCAAUCAACUUUGCCCUUCUGUACUGGCAUGAGCCUGACUCUAGCGGACACCGUUAUGGACCUGAUGAUGCCUCAAACAUGUCAAAAGUGUUGAGUGCAGUGGAUGCGAAUGUUGGCUACUUGAUGUCAAAGUUGAAGGAGUUUAAACUCUGGGACACGGUCAAUGUGAUUAUAACCAGUGACCAUGGAAUGGCCGAGUGCUCAAAGGAUAAGGUUAUCAAACUAGAUGAUUGCAUUAGUCGUGAUAAAUACAUACUGGUGGAUUCCAGUACGAUUGGAGCUGUGCUUCCAGUUGGUGAUCCGCAGGAUGUAUACAGCAAGCUAAAGAACUGCAGUACAAACAUGCAGGUGUACCUGAAAAAGGACAUACCCGACCAUUAUCACUACAAACAUAAUAGCCGUAUCCAGCCUAUACUUCUAGUGGCAGACGAAGGCUGGUUCAUCGUGCAGAACGGAUCACUAAAAACAUUGGGAAAUCAUGGCUAUGACAACCGCCUACCUAGCAUGCAUCCCUUCCUGGCUGCCCGCGGACCAGCAUUUCAGAAGAAUUACAAAAUUUCCACCAUAAACAUGGUGGAUAUCUACCCUAUGAUGUGUCACAUCCUUGGAUUAAAGGAAAUGCCCAACAAUGGCACGCUGUCCAACACCAAGUGUCUGCUGGUUGAUCAGUGGUGCAUACAUGUCCCAGAAGCCAUUGGGAUUGUGCUGGGUUCUUUAAUGGUUCUCACCACACUGACAUGUAUCAUAAUAAUGCUGAGAAAGAAGAUUUCUUCCCCGCGUCAAUUUACAAGGCUUGAGUUCCAGGAUGACGAUGAUCCUUUAAUUGGGUGAAUCAGGGUGUUCUAGUGCAGGCGCCUCAAGUGGAACCCCCCCUCCCCCCCCGGCUUGUUUAAAACUACAACUCCCAUGAUGCUUUGUCAGACCUAGGGAAUUUCCCUUUAUCACUUAUGGCUGUCAAAGCAUUAUUUGUAGUUCUACAACAACUGGUGGAUCACAUUUUACCUGGUUUUAGAGUUUCGGCAAAGCACAACAGAGUACUUUAAACCAAAGAUUCCCUGCUAGUAAUGUGGAAAUAUUUUCUGAAGCAGUUUUGUAUGUCUGAGGUUUGAUUGUUUCUUUUUGUGUGUGUGUGUGUGUGUGUGUUUGGGGUGUGGGGGGGGGGGGGGUUAAUACACCUGCUGUGUUGAACUAAAACUCAUGUUAUUCUGGUCUGUUGGUCUGCUGCCUCUGUAGUCAAGAUAUAUUUUUAUAUUUCUUACAGGUAUUUCCCUCUUUGGGAAGUAUGUGUUUAAAUAUGACCUUUUUUUCUACUGUAUACUUAAAGGGACACUCCAGGCACCCAGACGACUUCUGCCCAUUGGAGUGGUCUGGGCGCCAACUCCCACCACGCUUAACCCUGCAAGUGUAAUUAUUGCAGUUUUUAUAAACUGCAAUAAUUACCUUGCAGGGUUAAGUCACGCUAUGCAUGAGGACCUCCAGCGUCGCCGAAA